AUGGGGCCCCUGGGCAAUAGGGGAUCAUGGGACCCCUGUGUCCUUGCCCAAACUCAAUCCUAUGAAAAAGGGGCCUAUGAAAGGUACCAGGGGCAUCUCAUGGGGCCCCCUACUGACCCCAGGCCUUCGGGCAGUGCCCGAGUUUCCUAAUGGUCAGUCCGCCCCUGCUAUCUACUGUAUUUACUAAAUGCAACAUCAUCUGUUAUAUUUUGAAAAAAAACUGGGCAUCAUACUGUGUUUGUAUACAUUAAAAU